AUGCUUAAAGGAGAGAUAAUAAAAAAAAAAAAUAAUUCUUUUUGUCAUCUAAAUGUUGGUGAUGAUAUUUAUGAGUUAGUUAAAAAAUAUGAUAAUAAAAAAAAAAAUGAAAAUAUUACUGAUUCUAAUAUAACAGAGGAAAACAAAAAAAAAUGUAUACUGAAAAUAAAUAAAAGCGAAAAAAAUGAAAGCAAAACAAAAAUUAUAAAAUGUAAUUUCUUAUCAGAAAACGAUAAAUUGCAUAUUUUAGAAAAUUUAAAGAAGAUUAAUUUAACUAAAAGCCCUAACUCUAAAAAUAUUACAAAAAAAAUAAAUUUAUUUCGUUGCCAUUCUUUUUGUAUAGACAAAAUAGAAAAUAUAAAUAUAAUUAAGAAAAAGGAAAUAUCUAAAAAUGAAGAAACAACUUUAAAAAAAAAAAACACAAAGUUAACAAACGAAAAAAAAGAAACUUUCAUAAAAGAAAAUAGAAAUUGCAAUGAAAAGAUUGAAAAUAUAAUAAAAGAAAAUAGAAAUGAUGAUAUAAAAAAAGAAACUAAAGUUAUUUCUAAAAAAAAAGCAGAUAGUGUGAAUAAGGAAUUUCAUUUAAAAUCAUUUUACCAGAAGAAUAGCAAAACACAACUUACUUAUAAUAACAGUAGCAAUAAAAACUCGAAUAAGUUAAAUUUGUAUGAGAAUAAAAAAUGCACUAAUAUUUUAGGUGAUCAUAUAAAUGAAAUUGUAAAUAAAAAUGAAAUAUAUUUUGAUCAAAAAAAAUUAAAAGAAGCAAAAAAAAAAAACUCUUCAGAGAAUUAUUAUUUUAUACAUAAUUAUGAAAAAAGUGAUUCAACAAAAGUUACUUCAAAAAAAGUUUUUCCCUUAAAUGAAAAGACAAUUUCAUAUUAUGAGACAAGAAAAAGAGAUUACAUAAAAUUAAAUAAAAUAAAAAAAGGACACUCUGAAAGAAUUACUUUAAAUUUGAAAGAGUUUUCUGAUAUUAAAAAGAAAAAUCUUAAUAAUCAUGAUUAUAGUAAAACGGAGUCUAAUAUCAAUUUAUUAAUAAAUAAUAAAAAAAGUGAAAAUAUCUUUUUAUCGGAAAAAAUGAAUUCAAGUAACUUGUUUAAUAAUUAUCAUUCAUUAAAUAAUUCAUUAAAACUCACUGUUUCUUCUUCAUCAAACAUAAUCUCAUCUAUUUCUUCUUAUGAUAAAAAAAUAAGAAAUGUUAGUGAAAAUAUAAAAAAAGAUAUUUUAGAAGGAGAAAAAACAAAAAAAAAAUUUCUUCAUUUAAAAUAUAAACAUGGAAAAUACAUAAGAGAAAAUUGUGACAGUUGUAUAGAAAGAAGAAUAACAAAAAAAGAUAAAAAAAAAAAAAUAGACAAAAAAGAAAAAGAAAGUAUGCAAAAAAUAAAGGAAAAUGAAAAAGAAAAAAAAAAAAAAAAAAAUAAUUAUAGCAAUAAUAAUAUUAUUUAUAAUUCCAAGUUACAAAAUUUACAUAAAAAAAAUGAAUCAAAUAAAAAUUAUUGUUCUAGUAUAAAUCAAUGCAAAGAAAAAAAAAGGAUAAUAGAAAUUAAUACAAUAUAUCAUAUUAUAAGAUAUAAAAAAAUGUUAAAAAAAAUAAAAACAGAUAUAUUAAAAACCAUUAAAAAAAUAACAGAAGCAAACGAAGUAAAAUUACCAGAAUAUUUUAAUACAAAAAAGUAUUUUAUGAAAUUUUUAAAAAAGUUGAAACAAUUUUUAAAAAGAAAGAUUGAUGAAAUAAAGAGACUAAAUACAUUUGAAAAGAAAAAUAGUAUUUAUGAAUUAUUUCUAAGCAAUAAACAAAAUACUUUAUUGUUAAAAAAAUAUUUAAGAAAGAAGAAAAUUCUAUCAAAAUACUUAAACAGAUACAUGCAUAAAAAAAAUUCAUCCAGUUAUAUUUCUAAUUAUAAUAAUGAAAAGUCAGGAAGUUUAAAUUAUUAUCAAAAUUUAAUAGAAUUAAAAAAGACUUUAUUAAUGAAAAGUAAAUCUAAUCAAUUAAUUAACAAAGUUAAUGAAAAAAAAAAUAAUAAUAAUAAUAAUAAUAAAGAUAAUACUGAUAAAUUAUUAAAAAUUGAAAAUAAGUAUUCCAUAGAGAGAAAUAAAGACAAGAUAAACAAAAAGCCUUCUAAUAACAAAUAUGAAAAAGAUAAUUGCAAAAAUUUUAAUAUAUUCGAAAAAAAGAUAUUUGCAAAAAAUAUAAUACAAAAAGGGAAUUAUAAUAAGAAAUAUUUUGAAAAUUUUAAUAAAAAUGAGAAUAAUUAUAAAAAUAUUUCAAUGUCUCUUGUAUACUUAACAAAAGACAGUGAUAUAAUUUCAAAAAAUUUAUCUUACUCAGGAAAAGUUAUACCAAAAAACUCCUCAUUAGUAUCAAAUGAUAAACAAAGUUUCUAUCGUGAUCAUCAAAAGGUACUAGAAAAUUAUACAACUGUAACCAAAAAAAGAGAAAACAAUAAAUUAAAAAGUGAAAUAAAAGAAAAUAUUAAUUUUAUAAAUGAAGUUAAUAAUAAGUUAAAUAACGAAAUAAAAGAAAAUAAUAAUUUAAUAAAUGAACCUAAUAAUAAUUUAAAAAAAGAAAUAAAAGAAGAUGAUAAUUUUAAAAAUGAACUUAAUAAUAAUUUAAAAAAAGAAAUAAAAGAAGAUGAUAAUUUUAAAAAUGAACUUAAUAAUAAUUUAAAAAAAGAAAUAAAAGAAGAUGAUAAUUUUAAAAAUGAACUUAAUAAUAAUUUAAAAAAAGAAAUAAAAGAAGAUGAUAAUUUUAAAAAUGAACUUAAUAAUAAUUUAAAAAAAGAAAUAAAAGAAGAUGAUAAUUUUAAAAAUGAAUUUAAUAAUAAUUUAAAAAAUGAAAUAAAAGAAAAUAAUCAUUUAAAAAAUGAAGUAAAAGAUAAUUAUUCGAAAAAUGAAAUAAAAGUAGAUAUUCAUCUGAAAAAGAAAGCAAAAGAAGAUACUAGUUUGAGGAAUGAAAUAAAAGAAGAUAAUAAUUUGAAAAAUGAAAUAAAAAAAGAUAAAAUAAAGGUAGAUAAUGGAUUCAAAAAUGUAAUGAAAGAAGAUAGCAAUCUAAAAAAUGAAAUAAAAGAAAAGAAAAUAAAUGGAGAUAAUGAAUUAAAAAAUGUAGUAAAAGAAGAUAAUAAUUUAAAAAAUGAAAUAAAAGAAAAGAAAAUAAAUGGAGAUAAUGAAUUAAAAAAUGUAGUAAAAGAAGAUAAUAAUUUAAAAAAUGAAAUAAAAGAAAAGAAAAUAAAGGGAGAUAAUGAAUUAAAAAAUAUGCCUAUGAGCAAUAACGUACAUAUAAAAUAUUUAGGAAUGAAUAAAAAAAAAAGCAGCGAAGUAAUAAGUGAUAAUACUAAUAAAGCAUUCAAUAAUACUCUUAAAAUGAGUACCUAUGAUAAAUCAUUUAAUAAUUUUAUAGGUAAUUAUAAUAGAAUACUUUAUUUAAAAAAAUGCAACAAUUAUUAUCAAUAUAAUAGUGGUAACUCCCAUAAUAACAUAAUUAAUUUUUCAAAUAUUGAUAAUAUUAAAAUUAAUAUAAUUAAUCAAAAUUUUCAAAACAACUUACUACAAAAUAGUUUUUAUAUAAAUGGAAAUGAAAAAAAGAGUAAUAAUAGUUAUAAAAUGAAAGUCUAUAAAAAAACUGAGCCUAGUAAUUGUGAUGAUGAAAAUAUAUUAAAUAGAAAAAUUAAUAUAAUCAAAAAUAAUAAGAAGUUUUUAUGUAAUAGUGAAAGCUUUUAUGAAAAUAAUUUACGUACAGUGAAACUUCUUAGGAGAGAAGACGGUAGUAUAGUUAAUAAAAUUAAAAAAAAAAUUUUUAGGAACUAUAAUUCUGCAUUAUUUUUUUUUAAAAAACAGAUUUACAGAACAAAUAUAUUAAUUCAUAAAAAUAAAAAAAAAAUUUUUAAAAAUAAAUAUUUAUACGAUUUUCAACAAAAGAUUAAAUAUCCUUUUGAUAAUUUAAGAAAAGUGAAAAUACCACUUCUUUUCUCAUAUAACAAAGUUGAUAAUUCCAAUAAUAACCAAAAUGAAAAAAAACAAAAAAAUUUAAAUGAAUUACAAUUUAAUGGUAAGAAUAAAAUAAAGGAACAUAAAUUUUUUUUUAUAAUAUGGAAAAGAAAAAAAAAAAAAAUUAAACUAUAUAUAAUAUAUUUAUUUAUACAAAAUAGACGUUUUAAUUUUAUGUUUAUAUUUUAUUUUUUUCUAUUUAUAGGAAGUUACUUAAAAGAAAAAGAAAUAACGUUCUCACGUAAAAUGACUAAAUAUCAAGCUAAAAGGAAAAUGUAUAGAAGACGAAAGAAAAGAUAA